AUGCCUGAUGCAAUGGACGGAUGGACGCAGAAGCCCUGGAGUGUGACAGAGGAGAUGUGGAAGCGCAAAGCCAAAGGUCUGGGAGAUCAGUACCAACGACUGCUGUCCGAUCACCAGGACUUGCGUCUUGAGAAAGCCAAGAUGAUGGGCGAGCUUCGAGUUUUGCAGCGCUACAAAGAGGCUGCCGAGGACACGAUCAGCCGUGAAGUUGCGAGCAGAAAGGUUGAACACAAGGAUAAAGUGUCCGCCACUACCAAGUUGGAGCAGUAUAUCAAGAAGUACGAACGUGAAUGCGAAAGAGUGUUCGCACUCGAGCGUGAGAAUGCCUUCCUGAUGGAACAGGUCUCGGACAUUAAAGGAGAAACCGAGAAGCGCCUGGACUUGCUAAAGGAGUUAGAAGACUCGCAAAAGCGAAGUGCUCGGCUGAAGGAGAAGCUUCGGGAGAUGGAAGUUGUGGGUAUCGAGCAUGAAAACACAAUUCUGGAACUGAAGGAGAAGAACCAGAAGCUCAAGCGCAAAUUGGUCUCUGCGGAGGACGAUGUAGCUGACAAAGCGGAGGAGGCCAAAAACCUCGCUGUACGACUAGCGGCUGUGGAAUCUGCGUGGGAAUCUGCUCGCGGUAAGAACAAGACUGCACUCCAUGAGCUGAAGAAGAGGGAAUCGCUUUCGAUAGAGCUUGAAAAUGUCAAGUCGGAGACUAAGCAUGCGAGCUACCGCAUACAUGCGCUAGAUGUCGAGGUUGAGACAGCUCAAAGCAAAUUACGACAAAAAGAUCGUACAAUUGAGGAACUUCGCGAGAAGAAUUCAAGCCUCAAGAAGGAAGUCACUCGUCUCAGUGCUCGAAUGGAGGAUCUGUCCGCUAGCCUAGUGGCUACACGUGAGCUCAUCGAAGAGAAGGAUGCUGAGAUUGAGCGCAAGACCGCGCAGCUCCGCAGUAAGAAGACGGAAGUCAAGACGCUCGAGCGCAUUGAUGACUCGUCGAAAGACCGUAUCGAAGACCUCGUAUGCCAAGUGAGUGAGCUGCAGCAACAACUGCUAGAUACUCAGAAAGAUUACCUGCGUAAGGUGAAGAAAGACGAGUUUACGCGCGAGAAGCAGCGAGCGCGUGAUCGUGCCGAGAUUUUUAAAGAACUGGAAACGAUGCACAAGUCUCGUCGGUGCAAGAACUGCAACGAAACGUUCACCAACAAGUCCAACACGUCGCUCUCGUGCUCGUUCCAUCCAGGUCGCUUCGUAGCGCGCAAGUACCCACUCGAAGGCUACCAGUGGAGCUGUUGCCAGAAGCGCGAGCUGUCAUCGAGACCUUGUAAGUUUGCAGGACGCCACAUCGAGUCCAAAAUAUUGAACUAG